CCUUAUUGAGAGCGCAAAUUUCCACAGACAACCAUGGCACAACCGGUACAACUAGAGGAAAUAUUAUCUUUAACGUCGUUGGGCAUCAACACGGAAUCCAUAUCUUUCAGCACCGUAACUAUGGAAUCGGACAAAUACCUCUGCGUGAGGGAAGUUUCCGGUGGUAGUCAGAAUCAAGUGGCAAUUAUUGACAUACAGGAUCCUGCCAACAUCAUUAGACGCCCCAUAACAGCAGACUCUGUCUUGAUGAAUCCUGCCACCAAAGUGUUGGCGUUGAAGGCUGGAGUACAGCUUCAACUUUUUGAUAUCGGAAAGAAGAGCAAGGUGAAGUCUUAUGUAAUGGAGGAAGAAGUUUUGUUCUGGAAGUGGCUUUCUCAGAAAACUCUUGGUCUUGUCACUUCGCAUUCUGUUUAUCAUUGGGAUUGUAGCGACACAAGUUCAGAACCGGUGAAAAUGUAUGAUAGGCAUUCUACUUUGAUGAAUGCACAGAUUAUAAAUUAUCGGGCAGACGAAGAUGAGAAGUGGUUAGUAUUGAUCGGAUUGCAACAAGAAGGAGACAAGGUUGUUGGAAGGAUGCAGUUGUACUCAGUGGAGCGUCGUGUAUCUCAAGCUAUUGAAGGCCAUGCAGCAGCAUUUUGUAAGUUUCAAAUCAACUCAAAGGAUCCUGGUACAAAACUAUUUGUAUUUGCAACUAAAACCUCCAAUGCAAGUAAGUUUCACGUCAUCGAAAUUGGUCAAGAUAAGAAGCCUUCGGAUGCCCCUCGCUUUUCAAAGUGUGUUACGGACAUAUAUUAUCCUCCAGAAGCAACCGAGAAGGAUUUCCCUGUAGCCUUACAGGUAUCUUCCAUGUAUUCAUUUGCUUAUUUAGUCACAAGGCUAGGAUACGUUCAAGUUUAUGAUUUAGAGAGUGGAAGAUGUCUCUACAUGAAUCGCAUUACAGAGUCUACUAUUUUCCUUACGGCGGUACAUACCAACACCGGUGGUUUUGUUGGUUUGAAUCGAAGAGGACAAUUGUUAGGAUUUUCUGUAGAACCUAAUAAUUUUGUUCCUUACAUUCUUGAUUCAUUGGGAGAUGUUCAACUAGCUAUCAAAGUAGCAUCUAGAAACAAACUUCCCGGAGCUGAAGAUCUAUAUGAAAGAUACUUUGACCAACUGUUCAAUGCGGGAAAUUAUAAAGAAGCUGCAAGAGUGGCAGCAGAGUCUCCUGGAGGAAUCUUAAGAACUCCUGAAACUAUUGCCAAGUUCAAGUCAGUCCCAGCUGCCCAAGGACAGCCUUCUGCUUUAUUGUUGUAUUUUCAAGCUUUACUGGAACGAGGUGCACUAAAUCGUUUUGAAAGUGCAGAGUUGGGUGGUCAAGUUAUUCAAUUUGGUCGUACUCAGCUUUUGGAACGUUGGAUGAAUGAAGACAAGAUAACUUGUAGUGAGGAAUUGGGUGACGUUGUGAGGUCUUCAGACCCAAAGUUGGCACUUCAGAUAUAUUUAAAGGCCGAAGCACACGGAAAAGUUAUUGAGGCAUUUUUAGAAAAUGGAGCUUAUGAUAAGAUUUUAGUAUAUGCGAAGCGAGUCGGACUUUCUGUGGAACCCAUGGAACUUAUUCAAACAGCAGUUAACUAUUCUCCUAAGAGUGCUCUUGACCUAGCUCAAUAUUUCUUGAAACAAUUCCAAGAAGGUGGAGGAAAACCUUUGGAUCAUGCUGCCAUUGCAGAAAUGUUUUAUUCUCGUGGUUUGAUACAAGAAGGAACAUCUUACUUACUUGAUGCGUUGAAGGACGAUCGUGCCGAAGAUGCUGAACUGCAGACAAGACUACUGGAAGUUAAUCUACUUUCCGCACCGCCGGUAGCAGAUGCGAUUAUGGCACAGAACAUUUUUCACUAUUAUGACCGAAGGAAGAUUGCCAAUCUUUGUGAGAGACAAGGUCUUUUCCAGCGAGCUUUAGAAAACUAUAACGACCUUGAUGAUAUUAAAAGAGUUAUGGCAAAUACUCAUGCACUUAGUCCUGAAUUUCUGAUUGGAUAUUUUUCUAAUCUUUCACCUGAAGAUUCUUUAGAGUGCUUAAAGGAGCUUCUCAGAGUCAAUCCAAGAGGGAAUUCGCAGUUAUGUGCUCAAAUAGCUAGCAACUAUGCAGAUCAGCUUGGCCCUCAACGAGUGAUAUCCUUGUUUGAAGAGCGAGGUCUUACAGAAGGCGUAUUUUAUUUCUUGGGUGGUAUAGUAAACUACUCGGAAGACCCCGACGUUCAUUUCAAAUAUAUAGAAACUGCAAUCAAAUUGGGUCAAUUCCACGAAGCUGAAAGAGUUACUAGAGAAAGUAACUUUUAUGAUCCAGAAAAAGUGAAAGAUUUUUUAAUGGAUAUGAGACCAAAGGAUCCCAGGCCUCUUAUUAAUGUCUGUGAUCGUUUUGGAUACAUUCCUGAGCUGAUCCGAUAUAUGGUAAAGAACAAUCAACUUAAGUUUAUUGAAGGCUAUGUACAACGAGUCAAUCCAGCAAAGACUCCUCAAGUGAUUGGGGCUCUGAUAGAUCUUGACGUUGAGGAAUACUUUAUCAAAGAUUUGUUGCAGUCGGUGAAGAAUUUAGUUCCAGUAGAUGAACUUGUAAAUGAGGUUGAACGGAGAGGACGUUUAAAGAUAUUGUUGCAAUUUUUAGAAGCCAAGGUUGCAGAUGGUUCUACGGAAUCCUCUGUUCAUUCUGCUCUAGCAAAAGUGUAUGUAGACUGCAACAUUAAUCCUGAACACUUUUUAGAGACGAACUCUUAUUAUGAUCCCCUGGUUGUUGGUCCUUAUUGCGAGAAGAGGGAUCCAUAUUUCGCAUAUAUCGCGUAUCGCAAAGGUCAAUGUGAUGAUGAGCUAUUGAGCGUUACCAAUCGCAAUGGAUUAUUUAAAGAACAGGCGAGAUACGUUGUUGAAAGAGAAGAUUCUGAUCUUUGGGCUCGAGUUCUUUCACCAGAUAAUGAAAAUAGACGCCAAUUUAUUGAUCAAGCUGUGAAUACUGCUUUACCAGAGCAGAAGAACCCAGAGAGAAUUUCAGUCGCAGUAAAAGCUUUUAUGACAGCAGAUCUACCUCACGAGUUGAUUGAGCUAUUGGAAAAACUUGUUCUUCGUGGCAGUGGUUCUUUUGCCAACAACCGAAACUUGCAAAACUUGUUGAUUCUUACUGCUAUAAAGUCAGAUACAUCGAGAGUGAUGGAUUAUGUUCGAAAAUUGGAUAAUUUCGAUGGCAUGGAUAUCGCACCUGUCGCCAUUGAUGCAGGAUUGUAUGAAGAAGCCUUUGAGAUUUAUUGCAAGUUUAAGCAACCAGAGGCUGCAGUAGACGUUUUGUUGGAACAAAUUGGAGAUUUGAACCGCGCAACGGAGUUUGCAGAGAAAGUCAACUCACCAAUGGUUUGGAGUAAACUUGGCAUUGCAAGAUUAGAACAUGGAGAUGUUGUUGGCGGUGUGAAUGCUUUGUUAAGAGCUAAAGACCCUGCACCCUAUCAAAAAGUAGUAGAAGCAGCGAGAGCAACAGAUGGAGAUCAAUCGGCAUUUGAAGCAGUCAUCAAAUUCUUACAUAUGGCGAGAACCAAAGUGAAAGAUCUUGUAUUUGUGGAUACUGAACUAGUCUAUGCUUUCUGUGUUUGUGACCGUUUGAAUGAAAUGGAAGAAUUUGUUGCUGGUGCUAAUUCUGCCAAUUUAGAGGAAGUUGGCGAUCGUUGUUUUGAUGAGCAACGAUUUAAUGCGGCUAAAAUCUUAUUUAGUAAAAUUGGUAAUUUUGCCAAAUUAGCACCCGUUCUUGUAUGUCUUGGAGACUAUUCCGGAGCUGUUGAAGCCGCAAAGAAAGCAGAUCGUCUGAAGACAUGGAAACUAGUUUGUUAUGCGUGUCUAGAAGCUGAAGAACUUCAUCAUGCACAAGUUUGUGGUCUUCAUAUUAUUGUUGAACCGGAAGAGUUGGACGAGAUAUUGCAGUUUUAUCAAAAUCUUGGCUAUUUCGAAGCGGCUAUAGAGCUACUAGAAGGUGGAGUUUCUUUAGAACGAGCUCAUGCGGGCAUCUUUACGGAACUUGGAAUACUCUACUCUAAAUAUCGUGAAGAGUCUUUGAUGGACCACUUAAAGAUGUGGUGGCAACGUUGUAGCAUUCCCCGUUUGAUUCGAGCUACGGAGGCUGCUUCUCAGUGGCCAGAACUUUGCUUCUUAUAUAUUCGUUAUGACGAGUUGGAUAAUGCUGCUAAUAUUAUGAUGAAUCACUCACCUUCCUGUUGGUCACAUUCAGGUUUCACAGAAGUCAUGUCAAAAGUCACAAACACUGAAAUAUUAUAUCGUUCGGUGGAAUUUUAUUUGGAUGAACAUCCCAACUUACUGAACGAGCUUCUUUCGUUGAUUUCCACGAAAAUCGAUUCUGGUCGUGUAGUAUAUAUUGUGCGUCGUGCAGGUGAACAAGAAAUGGGUCCAUUGGGCUAUCUGCCAAUUGUCAAACCUUUCUUAAUGAAAGUUCAAGAGAACAAUAUUGCUACAGUCAAUGAAGCACUUCAUGAUAUAUUUGUCGAUGAGGAAGACAUAGCUAGUCUUAGACAGUCCAUCCAGAAAUAUGAUAACUUCGACCAAUCGGAACUUGCAAGAUUAUUGGAACAACACGAAUUGGUAGAAAUGAGACGUGUUGCUGUUGAUUUGUAUUGUCGAACCGGAAGACAUGAAAAGGCAUUAGAGCUGUGUAAGAAAGAUAGUCUCUUUCGUGAUGCUGUUGCAACUGCAGCAGACAGUGGAAAUUCGGAAAUGGCAGAGAACCUUGCGAGAUUCUUUUUACACAACAAUCGGCCAGAGUGUUUUUCAUUCUGUUUGUAUUCCUGUUACGAGAUUAUUCGUGCUGAUGUAGCAUUGGAAUUGAGUUGGCAGCAUCAAGCUACUGACUUCACUAUGCCUUAUAUGAUUCAAAAAUUACAUGAUCUUACCUCGAGAUUGAGCAGACUGGAAAGUGAAAGAGCUGCACAACUCCAGCGCAAGAAAGAAAAACAGCAAGCACAGGAAGCAGAAAUUAAUGAGGAUCCUUCUAUAGUUAUUCAAGGAUUACAACCAACCCAACAGACACCCAUGCUGGGAUAUGGACCUUUUGGAAACGGACCUUCUGCAUAUUCCCAGAGUGGUUUACUUAGUUUACCUCCGGCACCUGGGACUUGGAACAGUCAAAUGAACUUCCAGCCUUCUCGUUCUUCGUAAUUUGAAUGUUUUCCUUGGUAGAAAGAGAAGUGAAGAUGUUUUGCAAAUUUUUUCUUGAAUAAACAGUUGUUGUUUGUG